AUGCUCUUAUUCCGUUCUAUUUCAAGGGACUUCCUGAAAGCAGGAGACAAGGAGAACAUCUUUAAUGCAGACCAUUUCCCUCUCUGGUACCGAAGAGCUGCCGAGCAGAUCCCAGGGAGCUUCGUCUAUUCGAUCCCAUUCAGCACAGGAACAGUCAACAAAAGCAAUGUAGUGACAGCAAGCACCUCCAUCCAGCUCCUGGAUGAACGGAAAUCUCCUGUGGUGGCAGCUGUAGGCAUUCAGAUGAAACUUGAAUUUUUCCAAAGGAAGUUCUGGACUGCCAGCAGACAGUGCGCCUCUCUGGAUGGCAAAUGCUCUAUCAGCUGUGACGAUGAGACUGUGAAUUGUUACCUCAUAGACAAUAAUGGAUUUAUUCUGGUAUCUGAAGACUACACUCAGACUGGAGACUUUUUUGGUGAGGUGGAGGGAGCUGUGAUGAACAAAUUGUUAACAAUGGGCUCCUUCAAAAGAAUUACCCUUUAUGACUAUCAGGCCAUGUGCAGGGCCAACAAGGAGAGCAGCGACAGCGCCCAUGGUCUUCUGGAUCCCUAUAAUGCCUUCCUUGCCGCAGUAAAAUGGAUAAUGACAGAACUUGUCUUGUUUCUGGUGGAAUUUAACCUUUGCAGUUGGUGGCACUCAGAUAUGACAGCUAAAGCCCAGAAAUUGAAACAGACCCUGGAGCCUUGUGACACUGAGUAUCCAGCGUUCGUCUCUGAGCGCACCAUCAAGGAAACCUCAGGGAACAUUGCUUGUGAAGACUGCUCCAAGUCCUUUGUCAUUCAGCAGAUUCCGAGCAGCAAUCUGUUCAUGGUGGUGGUGGACAGCAGCUGCCUCUGUGAGUCUGUGGCCCCCAUCACCAUGGCGCCCAUUGAAAUCAGGUAUAAUGAAUCCCUUAAGUGUGAACGUUUAAAGGCCCAGAAGAUCAGAAGGCGUCCGGAAUCUUGUCAUGGCUUCCAUCCUGAGGAGAAUGCGAGGGAGUGUGGGGGUGCACCGAAUCUCCAGGCCAAGAUGGUCCUUAUCCUGUUCCCUCUGCUUUUGAUGCUCUUCUCAAGGUGACACUGAUGGAGAUGUUCUCUUGGCAUGCUAAAUUAUGGAUAAACUGUGAACCAAACUAUGGUGCGACAUAGGAGACAUGAAAUAUAGUCCAACCAUCAGCAUCUCAUGAUUUUAAACUGUGCGUGAUACAAACUCUUAAAAAUAUGUUGACAGAAAAGUUAUCUUUUUACUUUGCCAGUCAUGCAAAUGUGAGUUUGCUACAUUAUUAUCAUCCUUCAUCAGAAAUGGGACUGCAAGUGGGCAGCAUCCCUUCUGCUUGAAACCCAUUGAAACCAAUUUAAAACUGUGUACUUUUUAAAUAAAGUAUGUUAAAAUCAUAAUCUCCUGGUUUGGGUUUUGUUAUCAUUUUAUUGCUGAGAAUACAGACUGAA